CGCCAUUUGGUGAGAGAGGAGCAGGUGAAGGAGGGUCGUCCUUCUCUCUCCGUCCCUCCCUCCCUCACUCUCCGUGUGCCCCCCCUGCUCAUCUAUAACCCCCUCCCCAACAACAGCCGCCCCCAGAGAGGAGUGAUCCUAACAUCAAAAACUCAGAGAAGACCAAUCUCGCCUUUCACCGGGCGGAGGACGCAGCGGAAAGAGUGAUCGUAACAUCAAAACGAGGAAGACAGCGUCCCUCUAUUUAUCUCCCACUCCCCCCACCCCACCCUACCCCACCCCACCCCAUCGCUGACCUGCCAGGAGGAGGAAACAGCUCUCUCUCUCUCUGUUCAGCGGAAAGAGCGAUCAUAACACCUAAACCGUGAAGACAACGUCCCGCUUUACCUCCCUCCCCUUCCCCCUCCCCCCUCCCCCCUGGCCCCCUCCCAUUCGACUUCUCCCCCAUUCCCACCCCCCCAUCCACCCCCACUCUCCCACUUCCCCCAAAGACCCAAGAGCAACCAGGAAGAGGAAGCAGGAACGCCCCGUGUUUGCUGUGGACUGAUUGACUCUGUGUUACCGUCAGCUGCGGACAUUGGAUCAUGGAAUCUGCUGUUGAAAGUGGAUUGAACGUCACCCUCAGUCUCCGCCUCCUGAUGCACGGCAAGGAGGUGGGAAGCAUCAUCGGAAAGAAAGGAGAGACCGUCAAAAAGAUGCGAGAGGAGAGUGGAGCCCGCAUCAAUAUCUCCGAAGGGAACUGUCCGGAGCGCAUCGUGACGCUGUCCGGACCCACGAGUGCCAUUUUCAAGGCGUUCUCGAUGAUAACGCACAAGCUAGAAGAGGACAUCAACAGCGCCAUGGUCAACAGCACUGCCUCGAGCCAGCCACCGGUCACUCUGCGGAUUGUCAUUCCCGCCAGCCAGUGUGGCUCUCUCAUCGGGAAGGGAGGCUGCAAGAUCAAGGAGAUUCGAGAGUCCACAGGAGCCCAGGUUCAGGUGGCUGGAGACAUGCUUCCAAACUCAACAGAGAGGGCCAUCACCAUCGCUGGGACCCCGGCCUCCAUCAUUGAGUGUGCCAAGCAGAUCUGCGUGGUCAUUCUCGAGCAGUCCUCUCCAAAAGGGAUCACCGUCCCCUAUCGUCCCAAGCCAGUUUCGGCACCUGUCAUCUUUGCCGGCGGCCAGGCCUACACCAUUCAGGGGCAGUUUGCUAUUCCACAUCCUGAUCUCACCAAGUUACACCAGCUCGCAAUGCAGCAAACCCCUUUCACCCCCGUGGGACAGACCAGUCCUGGAUACUCAGGUUUGGAUUCCACUCAGACCAGUUCACAUGAAAUUGCAAUUCCAAAUGACUUGAUCGGAUGCAUUAUUGGACGUCAGGGGAGUAAGAUCAAUGAGAUCCGGCAGAUGUCUGGGGCGCAGAUUAAGAUCUCAAACCCAGUGGAGGGAUCGACUGACCGACAGAUCACCAUCACCGGAUCUCCAGCCAACAUCAGCCUGGCUCAGUACCUCAUCAACGCCAGUCUGGAAAGUGCUAAGUCCACCACCCAGAAAGGCCCUGCCCUGGUCCCAGAACUCGACAUCAGUCUGUCUGAACCCGCUGCCCCUUCCUCUGCCCCGGUGUCGCUUUCUGAGUUACCAGCUGAGCUCCCCAGCUCCCUGCCGAGUGACCCUUACCUCUCCAGUGUGAUUGGCGUGAAGCCUGUGUCGCUCCUCACAGUCAGUAUGGUGUCCUCCAAGGGUUCUGCAACAGGGAGUGUCUCCAGCAAGGUGGCUUCCAGCAGCCAGCUGGCAAAGAAGUCAGUGGAAAAGCAGCGAUUCUCUCCCUACUGAUGCCUGGAAAUGCGUCUGCCAUCUCUGUAGGGGCCUUCUGCCUGUUCUCCCCUGUCACAGGAAACUGAGAAAUGUGUCGAUGGUUCUGCCGAAAACAAAAAGCUCUAAUUUCUCUCUCUGUCUCUCCCCCCCCCCCCUGUGAGCGCUCGCUCGCUCUCUCUCUCCCCCACGCGCUCGCUCUCUCUCCCACCCCGCGCGCUCGCUCUCUCUCCCACCCCGCGCGCUCGCUCUCUCUCCCACCCCGCGCGCUCGCUCUCUCUCCCACCCCGCGCGCUCGCUCUCUCUUCCCCGCGCGCUCUCUCUCUCUCCCCCACGCGCUCGCUCUCUCUCCCACCCCGCGCGCUCGCUCUCUCUCCCACCCCGCGCGCUCGCUCUCUCUCCCACCCCGCGCGCUCGCUCUCUCU